UCUGUACUCUCUCUCUCUCUCUCUCUCUCUCUCUCUCUCUCAAAACAAAACAAAAAAAGAAGAAGAAAAAAAUGUCUGGGAAGGAACUUGGCCAAGAGCUCAAGGAACUCGUCAGCUCCUUGCAAGACCAAGGAAUUUUGGACGAGCAUUUUGAUCAAAUGAAAGCAGUUCAGAAUGAACAAAAUCCUUGCUUUGUUGCGAAUUUGAUCACCACGUUCCUUGGUGAUGCUGAAAAUGUCAUAGGACAACUCGGAACAUAUCUGAGUGCUCAGGAUGUCAACUAUCCCGAGGUGGCAACUCUUGCCCUCAAGCUCAAGGGAAGUAGCUCAAGUGUUGGUGGUUGCCGGAUGGCGUUAGCCUGUAGCGAGCUCCGAGAUGUAAGCGAUGUAAAUGACCAUGAAGGGUAA